AAAUAGUUCCGAGAUUUUUGCCAAGAUAGGAACAUUAAACUCCACCUAAUAGCAACCGGUGCUAGUAGGGCCAAUGGACAGGUAGAGCAUACUAUGAGUACGCUAAAAAACAUGUUCACAACAAUAGAAACCACCGGGCGGUCCUGGCAAGACGCGAUCGGGGAAAUACAACUGGCCUUAAAUUGUACCACCAACCGCGUGACUAAGUCAAGCCCGUUGGAACUACUAAUCGGUAGAACAGCGAGACCCUACGGCUUAUCCCUACCCGACAAUAUCGAAGAAAGAGAAGUAAAUAUCUCCCAUGUAAGACAGCAGGCGAUAAAGAAUAUAGAAGCAAGCGCCAAAUACGAUAAGGAUAAGUUCGACGAAAACAAAGCUAAAAUAACUAGGUUCAACCUUGGCGAUUUCGUGUUACGCAAAAACGAGGAAAGAAACCAGACGAAGUUAGAUCCGAAAUUCAGGGGUCCGUUCGAGAUAGCAGAGAUUUUGGAAGGAGAUAGGUAUACCUUAAAAACUCUAGACGGAAAACGAUCAUAUAAGGACAGACAUGACAGACUAAGAAAGAUGCCGGAAAGCUGCGUCCCUGCUGAGUUGGACGUCUGCGGUGAUGACGACGACGGUGAUAAUAACGAUGCAAGUACACCGACCUCAGAGGAUCACUAACACCGCGUUGUGGUUGUAGUACAUCUGUAAUAUAUCCACAGUGACGUUUUGCACAUACGCAAUAUAUCCACUGUGAUGUCUCAUAUAUCUGUAAUAUAUCCACAGUGACGUUUUGCACAUACGCAAUAUAUCCACUGUGAUGUCUCAUAUAUCUGUAAUAUAUCCACAGUGACGUUUUGCACAUACGCAAUAUAUCCACUGUGAUGUCUCAUACAUCUGUAAUAUAUCCACAGUGACGUUUUGCACAUACGCAAUAUAUCCACUGUGAUGUCU